AUGGAACCUGUGGGAACUUUCCGAGCCGCAAUCAACAAGACACCCCACGAUGUGGUUGUUGAGGAGCGUCCUGUUCCUCAGUUAAGUGGAACCCAGGUCUUGGUCAAGAUGGAGGCUGUGGGCGUCUGCGCCUCUGACCUCCACCUGACACGGAGAUCGAAUCCUUAUCUAGUUCCCAAGGGGGACACUGGAGGCCACGAAGGUGUUGGGAGAAUAGCUUCACUUGGACCAGACGUUGACACCAAAGCAUGGAAGAAGGGAGACAGAGUGGCUGUGCGAUGGGUCUGGUGGGUUUGCCAGAAGUGCGAGCUGUGCUUGAGCGGCUAUGAGGCGCUUUGUGACAAGAGACUCCUGGGGAGUGUCGACGUUAAUGGAUGCUGGGCCGAGUAUGCCGUUGCCGACAGCAGCUAUCUAUUGCGUGUGCCCGAGGGAAUCUCGGCCUUGGAAGCUGCCCCGAUACUAUGCGCCGGCACUACCGUUUACAGGGCGCUCAAGACUGCGAAUCUUGCCAACGGUUCGUGGGUUGCAAUCGUUGGCGCUGGCGGUGGCCUUGGCCAUUUGGCUGUUCAGUAUGCCAAACUCAGGGGGCUACGUGUCCUGGCCAUUGAUGGCGGUGACGAAAAGAAGGCGUUGUGCCAAAAGUUGGGAGCCGACAGCUUCAUCGAUUUCACCAAAACAACGGACCUGGCGGGAGACGCCAACAAGACGACAGGAGGUGGCGCCCACGGAGUCAUAGUCAUGAGUUCGAGCUCCAAGGCAUAUGAGCAAGCCCCCUUUUACGUGCGCAAGGCCGGAGUAUUGUGCUGCAUCGGACUGACUCCUACCAAGACAAGAUUUCUUGUCGGGCCCGAAUACUUUGUGGGAAAGGGAGUCCGCCUGAUGGGUUCGUCUUUGGGGACGCUGCAGGACGCAGAGGAGGCUUUGGCUUGCCUUGUUGAUGGGAAAGUCAAAACGAUUGUAGUUUCGAAACGGCUUGAAGAUGUCGGGCAGUGCUUGAACUCGAUUGAGCAAGGUGAGAGUGUGGGCCGGUUCGUCAUCAAUCUAGAUGAGACUACAUAG